AUGGUCUAUGAUCGGAAUGGGGACACGGCCAUGGGCCAGAGCAAAGAACGACUGGAGUCGUCCGAAUACGCCGAGAGACCCCCAACUUCCGAUACAACCGAUUCGACCUCCACCACCAGCUCGGUGGAUUAUGACCCUCAGUUGCAUACCCUGCGUUCGCGCGCCACCGAGGUUGAUCUCGAACGCCAUACAACCAGGGCCUCGGAUGCCUUGAGCCGUAUUCACACCCAGCGACUCCAACAUGCCCUCACCGUCGGCGAAAGCGUGAAAUCACAUCCCUCCAGGGCCCCAUUGCCCCCAUUUGGCGCCGGAAAGCCCUAUCCGCCCCUCCUACCGGCGCGAGAGGACUACGUGGUGGAGUUCGACGGGAAAGAUGAUCCCCUAUACCCCCAGAACUGGCCCUUGAAGAGAAAGGUCUAUAUCAGUGCCAUCCUCGCCUUCACCAGUAUUUGUUCGACCUUCGAUUCCGCCGUCUUCAGCGCCUCCACCAAAAAUGUCGCAAAAGCGUUCGGGGUCGGUCUCGAAGUCUCCACCCUGUCGAGUUCCUUGUACAUCAUCGGUUAUGCGUCCGGACCCUUGAUCUGGGCUCCCAUGUCGGAACUGCAAGGCCGUCGCUUACCCAUCGUCAUUGCCAUGUUCGGAUUCGGCAUCUUUAAUAUCGCCGUCGCCGUCGCCAAGGACCUGCAAACCCUGAUGAUCUGCCGUUUCUUCUGUGGUAUUUUCGGCAGUUGUCCACUGGCCGUCGUCGCCGCCGUGUUCUCUGAUAUUUACGACAAUCGCACCCGUGGUGUCGCCAUCGCCAUUUUCUCGAGCACGGUGUUCUUAGGCCCACUCCUCGCGCCGUUCAUUGGUGGUUUCAUCAAUAUGUCCUAUCUAGGCUGGCGGUACACCGCGUAUAUUCCGGCCUUCAUGGGGUUCUUUGCCUUCGUCCUGAACGUGUUCUUCCUGAAGGAAUCAUACCCCCCAGUCAUUCUGAUCAGCAAGGCCUCGGAACUGCGCCGUCGCACCAAGAACUGGGGCAUCCAUGCCAAGCAAGAGGAGAUUGAGGUCGACUUGAAAGACCUCCUCAUCAACAAUUUCUCCCGUCCGUUGCGGUUGCUCAUCAACGAGCCUUUGAUCCUUGCCGUGACGGUCUACCUGAGCUUUAUCUAUGGCUUACUCUACUGUUUCCUGACGGCGUACACGCUGGUGUUCCAAGGGGUCCACGGUAUGAACGCGGGCGUGGGUGGACUGCCUCUGUUUGGCAUGGUCGUGGGUUUGUUUAUCGCCGCGGGAUACAUCAUUUUGUCCAGCGGAGCGUACAACAAAAAGCUCGAAGCGAACGGGGGCAUCCCCGUUCCCGAAUGGCGUCUCCCACCGGUGAUCAUCGCGGGAGCGCUCUUUGCGGCGGGGUUGUUCUGGUUUGGCUGGACGGGCUUUACCGAUAGCAUUCACUGGAUCGUCCCGACCCUGAGCGGUCUCUUCACCGGCUUUGGACUCCUGAUCAUCUUCAUCCAGCUGUUCAACUACCUCAUUGAUACGUAUCUGAUGUUCGCCGCUUCCGCCAUCGCCGCCAAUACCUUCGUGCGUUCCUUGGUCGCGUCCAGCUUCCCACUCUUCUCCCGGCAAAUGUUUAACAACAUGGGGAUUCAGUGGGCGUCCACGCUCCUGGGCUGUCUGGCAGCGAUCCUGGUGCCCAUCCCCGUCAUCUUCUUCUUCUACGGCAAGCGACUGCGCAUGAAGAGCAAGUUCGCGCCCAUCUACGAGAAGGCCGAGGAGCCGAUGAGUGACGAGAAUGAAAUUGCCGCCGAGACCAAUGGGCCCAUACGGUGA